UAUGACGACCAGCCGCACGCAUUCCAGAGGUCCAGCCCUGUUCUCUGCUCCAAGGAACCCAGGUCCAGGCUCGCAUCGCGCGGACGUUGCGCAGUGAUCGACCGGCUGUGUUCUCCGAGGCUCAGUGCGCACUGGUGCAGUCAUGUGGCAGAGGAUCCACAUUUGCUGCGCACUCUUUGCACUGUAUUCAGCAGCGCCGCUCGCUCACAUCAACCGCCUGGCGCUGUUCCCCGACAAGAGCGCCUGGUGCGAGGCCAAGAACAUCACACAGAUAGUGGGACACGCAGGAUGUCAGCCUCGCUCUAUUCAAAACAGGGCCUGUCUGGGCCAGUGCUUCAGCUACAGCGUCCCAAACACGUUCCCACAGUCCACGGAGUCUCUGGUGCACUGUGACUCCUGCAUGCCUGCCCAGACGCAGUGGGAAGUGGUGACCCUGGACUGUCCUGGCAACGAGGAGGCGCCCCGUGUGGACAAACUGGUGGAGAGGAUCUUCCACUGCAGUUGUCAGUCCUGCAGUAAGGAUGGUGGCCAGGAGGGGGCGGUGAUGCAGCUCUAUUCAGCAGACAACGGCCUGGACGCCUCCUCUCUAUUGGACAGCGCGGGCGGAGCUCAGUCUCACCCACAGCUUCACUCAGACAUACACGCCAACAAGCACGCGCACACGCACACAGACCAUCACACACUGCCACACACAUCCGCCGGCGGGUGACGGGGUCCGGUGGUUCCCCCCCUCUUUCCUCCCCCCCUCACACACACAAACACUCCAUCAUGUGUUCCGGUCUGUUGUUUAUUAUUAAGGCACUUUGAAAACGUCACACACUCCCGUACCUGUGCGCGUGCACGCAGCCACACACACACAACAGUCAUGCUGUCAGAUCUCACACAAACACACACACUAUUGUAUAUACAUUCACACAAACACACCAGCUCGUGCAGUUUCCUGUUUAGCUGAAUGAACACACGCAACGUUUGCGUGAAUUUGUGCGUCAUUUUAAUCCGUCGUACUUUCAUAAUCCUCGCUUUUUACUGCAAAUAAACUGUUGUUUUGAUAAUAAAAAAAAUCAUUUUCUGGUGUGGAUUUUAAACA